AUGCAGACAGUCCUGACACUUAUGAGAGAGCUGUCUAUCCAGUGCAACAUGACCUUACACCAGUCGGAAAUCAUGAACUUUUUGAAGGAGGAACAUUAUGACAUUGCAGUGGUGGACGCAUUCAACCCGUGCGCUAUGCUGGUUACCGAGAAGCUGGGACUCCCAUUUAUUGCUUUCUUUCCUACAAUAAUGGCCAAUGCUUACCGUAUAGGAAUGCCGAGUCCUCUCUCCUAUAGUCCAUUGUUCCAGACUCAGCUCACUGACCAGAUGGAUUUCUAUGGACGUUUAAGGAACACAUUGACUUUUUUUGUUUCAUUAGUAAUCCUGAAAAAGAUGGACUCACUGUUUGAUGGUGUAAUCAAAGAACAUUUUCCUGUUGACUCUAGACCAAAUAUACCCGAUCUUCACUUGAAAGCUGAGCUCUGGCUGUACAAUGUAGACUUCACCCUUGAAUUUCCUCGUCCACUUCUGCCUCACGUUCAGUACAUUGGGGGAUUAUUGGCCAAACCUGUAAAACCAAUAUCACAAGAACUGGAAGACUUUAUAUCUGAGUCCGGCGAUGCUGGUUUCAUUGUAGUGACUCUGGGAUCGAUGUUCUCCUCACUCCCACUAGCGGAAUUCAUCAAAGAAAUGAACGGCGGAUUUGCUCAGAUCAAGCAGAAAGUGAUAUGGAGUUAUCAGAGGUCAAAAUGGCCACAAGAGGUGGAAAUUGCUCCCAAUGUGAAAAUUAUGGAUUGGGUGUCACAGAACGAUUUACUUGGGCACCCUAAACUGCGUCUUUUUGUGACACAUGGAGGAAUGAACAGUUUGAUGGAAGCUGUGUAUCAUGGAGUUCCUGUUCUUGGGAUUCCACUUCUAGGGGACCAGAAAGAAAAUAUGGUCAGAGUAAAAGCCAAACAAAUGGGAACUUAUAUUCUACCUGGCCAACUUAAGGCUGACAACUUUGCCGGGACUAUUCAGCACAUCAUUGAAAAUAAAAGCUACAAGACAUCAGCAAUGAAGCUGCAAGCCAUUAGGAGGUCACAGCCCUUUCCUCCAGACCAACAAUUACUGAGAUGGGUGGAGCACAUCAUCCAAUCGGGUGGAGGUGGUCAUCUUCAUCCCUAUUCUUACAAACUGCCCUGGUAUCAGUAUUGGCUGCUGGAUGUCAUUCUAUUCCUCUCCUCAUCAUCCUCACCGUGGUCGUCUACCUCAUUGUGA